AUGGCUUCCUCGCUGCGCACACUGAUACCGCCCAAGAUUGCGUCACCCAAUGCUAUCGGGGCGCAAAAGACAGCACAACGCAUGACGAGGGUCAUCGACUUUUACUCGAAGCUGCCCAAGGGACCUGCGCCCCACAACUCGCCCGGACUGAACCCUGUGGCGAGAUACAAGGCUCGCUACUUUGAUGGAGAGAAUGCUAGCGCGGCUCCGCUCGUUCACGCCAUUGUCGGCGUCUUCCUCAUCAGCUACACGAUUCACUACCAGAUGCAUCUGAAGCAUCACAAGUCGAAUCACCAUUGA